AUGGCGGUACCAAAGUCAACUACUCUGUCUGAUCUGGCAGGCCCUACUUAUACAACUGCCCAGACAUUGAUUCAGCAAGUGGCGUAUUUGCUGAGCGACAAGAUCUUCUCAUACUCCCCGGAGACGUUCGAUCUCGAUGCAUCAUUGCGCAAAUGGUCAGCUGCCCAGGAAACGAAGACCAACGGCGAGUCUCCUGUCGUGAACACAUUGGAAACUCGCCAAGGUGCCGGGAACCUGGCUCUGGGCUAUCUGUUCUCUCAGGACUUCGACCUGAAGAAACGUCAUAUUCCCCAGGGAAUUGUUGCUUCCUCUGCGACCCUUCCAUACAUGCGUUCCGCGUUGGAGCAGCUCUCUCUGCUCUACUCCGUCGCCAGCCCCGUGGCUGCUCACGUUGCCGCCGUCGACUACACCAGUGAUGAGGGCCUCGUUUCCGACUACGUUUCAGCGCUCGCCUUGGCCGAGGACCUUGGCUUGGGACUAGUCAGCAGUGGCUCUGCUCACGAGUCCCAGCACAUGGCACUUCUCACCACCUUGCUGGCCUCCGUCUUGCCCACAAUCCACAUCUAUGACGGUGUCCGGGUCGGCCGUGACACCACUCGUGUUAUUGAUGUCUUGGACAAGGAGGGUGUGACCCGCACCUAUGAGGCUGUUCGCAAAGCCCUCGAUGACUCUCGGAACCGCCAUCUUGAUGCCCAGGGCAAGCUUUUGGAAAUCCUGAAGGGUUUGAACGGCGAGCUGGGCACCGACUACAGUGCCUUUGAAUACCACGGCCAUGCAGAACCUGUCUCUGUAUUGGUCGUAUUUGGCACUGUCGAGGCGGCCCUUGCGACUCAGAUUGCACGCUCACUCGCCAAGAACGGUAUUCCCAUUGGUGUGGUCAAUGUCCGCGUGUACCGCCCCUUUAUCGAGGAAGAAUUCAUGCGUGUGCUUCCCAAGACCACCAGAACUGUGGGGGUUCUUGGCCAGGUUCCCAGCGAGCAAUCCGUUCAAGAGGAGGGCGUGCACUCUGCGCUGUUUGAGGACGUCCUUGCCUCUUUGACUUUCGCUACCGACCGUGAACAUACUGCAGUGUGCGAGGAGAUCAAGUACUCUCGGGCUCAACGAUGGGAUCUGGUCAGCAUUGCUGCCACCUUCCAGCGCAUCUUUGACAAACCAAUUUUGCCUGUCAACGGUGCCAGCAAUGGAUCCUCUCCUCUGCAGCUUCUGGACCCUGCUACUGUUCAGGAGUAUAUCUUCUGGGACGUUGACACCUCGGUCACUGAUGAGGCUUCCGUUACUCUGAGCCAGGCCCUUGCUGCUGAUUCUGCCAGCAAUGUCACGGUCAGCAAAGUGAACGACAACCUCAUUCAGGGUGGAGCUAUCCGAGUCGACAUCCGCAAGAGUGCCAAGAUCAUCGACGCUCCUUACGCCAUCGCGACUGCCGACGUCUCUUAUGUUGGUAACAUUGCUCUCCUCAACGACGUCGAUGUCCUUGCCUCCAUCAAGGACAACGGUAAGCUUAUUCUUAAUGCCCCCGGCGUCAAAGACGAGGAUCUCGAGAAGAAGCUGCCCGUGGCUUUCCGUACUGCCGUGACCCAGCGAGGCAUCUCGCUCUUCGUCGUCGACCCAACUAUCGCCGAGGACUCAUCAUUGGAGCGCGAGAUUCUUCAAGCCGCAUUCAUCCGUGUUGCCCUUCCCGCUCAAGAGGGUAUCGCCAUAAAGAAGCUGGCUUCCAUCUCCAUCAAUGCAGAGUCGUUGGAGAAAGUCAGCAAGGAACUCGAGAAGAUCUUGCGGGAAAUCGAGAUUCCCGCAUCCUGGAAGGAGUCUGAGGAUGCCAGCCAAGUGAACGAGCUGCCCGCGGAUAUCAACCCCAAUAGCUUUGUUGCGUUCGAUAAGGAGGAGUCCGAGCCCCCUACUCUCCUCAAGGAUUGGGAGACUGCCGCCCGUGGCCUUGCCUUCAAGGAAGCCUUUGGCACUAGAAGCGCUCUUCGCCCUGACUUGUCCACAAAGACUUUCACAGUACACGUCAAGGAGAACCGGCGCCUCACCCCUGUCACGUAUGACCGCAACAUCUUCCAUAUCGAGUUUGAUCUGGGUGAUUCUGGCUUGACAUACGACAUCGGAGAGGCUCUGGGUGUCCAUGCCGAGAACGACCCCGAGGACGUGAUGAACUUCAUCAAGUUCUACGGGUUGAACCCCGAUGCUAUUGUAGAGGUGGCUCGCCGUGAGGAUCCCGCCGUGCUCGAGAACCGCACUGUGUACCAGGCUCUUGCUCUCGCUGAAUUUGCCACCGACCAGAAGGAGAAGACCGAUCUCCUUACCCUUGGAGGCCCCGAUGGCGCUGUGGAGUUCAAGCGUCGUGCCGAGGUUGACACGAUCACCUUUGCCGAUGUUCUUCUCGAGUACCCCUCUGCUCACCCGGACUUCCAUGAGAUCGUGCGUCUUGUCGGGCCUUUGAAGCGUCGUGAGUACUCUAUUGCUUCGUGCCAGAAGGUCAGCCCCAACAUCGUCGCCUUGAUGAUUGUUGCGGUUACUUGGACCGAUCCUAAGGGCCGUGACCGCUUCGGUCUUGCCACUCGCUAUCUGAGCCGCCUUCAGCCUGGCACGCCCGUUAGUGUCAGCGUCAAGUCCAGUGUCAUGAAGUUGCCUCCCAAGUCUACUCAGCCUUUGAUCAUGGCUGGUCUGGGUACCGGUCUUGCACCUUUCCGAGCCUUUGUCCAACACCGUGCCCUUGAAAAGGCCCAGGGUAAGGAGAUCGGCUCUGUUCUGCUAUACAUGGGCUCCCGCCAUCAGCGCGAGGAGUACUGCUAUGGUGAGGAGUGGGAGGCUUACCAGGCUGCUGGUGUCAUCACUCUUCUGGGAGCGGCCUUCUCUCGUGACCAGCCUGAGAAGAUCUACAUCCAGGACCGUAUGCGUCAGACUCUGCCCGAGAUCAUCCAAGCCUACAUUCGCGAGGAGGGCGCCUUCUACCUUUGCGGUCCCACUUGGCCGGUUCCUGAUGUCACCGCAGUCUUGGAGGAAGCUAUCGCUACUGAGGCCAAGAGCACUGGCAAGAAGGUUGACACGCGCAAGGAGAUUGAGAAGCUCAAGGAUGAGGAACGUUACGUUCUGGAGGUGUAUUAG